GUUUUUCCUCUUCCCGACGUUCCCGUCGAAGUUAGUCUUAGGGCAAGGGUUAAAUCGCCGAGAGACUCCUCGUCGCCGUGUCGCCUCCUUCUCCGCUUCUUUCGCUACUUCUCCGACCAUUCCUCUGCUAUGUCUCAGGUAGACAACCGAAAUUCUUCAGCAGCCAAGCGUGCUAGAACUGACGGUGGGCGCAGAGAAGAUGAUUGGACCUGUCCCAGUUGUGGUAAUGUCAAUUUUUCAUUCAGGACAACUUGCAACAUGCGUAAUUGCACUCAGCCUAGACCUGCAGAUCACAAUGGAAAGUCUGCUCCCAAACCUAUGCAACCUCCACAAAGUUUCUCAUCACCAGGGCCAUAUUUAGGAUCUGGGGGCCACCCUUCAGUAUAUAUGGGCGGAUCUCCAUAUGGAUCCUCUAUCUUUAAUGGGUCGUCUAUGCCUCCUUAUGACGUCCCAUUUUCUGGGGGCUCGCCUUAUCAUUUUAACUAUAAUAGCCGAAUUCCUGCUGGAGCUCAUUACAGACCACUACACAUGUCUGGACCACCACCAUACCAUGGUAGAUCUAUGAUGGGAAGUGGUGGUAUGUAUGGAAUGCCUCCACCAAUGGACAGGUAUGGCCUUGGUAUGCCCAUGGGUCCUGCUGCUGCCGCCGCUAUGAUGCCAAGACCCGGGUUCUUUCCAGAUGAAAAGCCUCAAAAGAGAGAUUCAACUCGUGAUAAUGAUUGGACAUGUCCGAAUUGUGGUAAUGUAAACUUCUCGUUCAGAAUUGUAUGUAACAUGAGAAAGUGCAACACUCCAAAGCCUGGGUCACAGCAGGGUGGUGGAAGCUCGGAUAAAAACUCCAAACAAAAGGCACCAGAAGGGAGCUGGAAGUGUGACAAUUGUGGAAACAUAAACUAUCCAUUCAGGAGCAAAUGCAACAGGCAAAACUGUGGAGCUGAUAAACCAGGUGACCAGUCGAACGAAUCUCCUUCCAAUGCACAAGAAGAGAACGACCAGUGAGUCGUAGACAUGUUUGUGGGGGUUGAGAAGGGGUGUGUCUGAUCCAGCGGGUGUGGUAAUGUCAGUCAAAUGUCUCGUCAGGUCCGUCCAUGUUGCAGCGGUCGUCAAGUUGCUUCUAUGCAUUUGUCUCUUUACUUACAUCUCUUGGGUUAGUUGUGUUGUAUUAAUGCAUAAUUUUUUUUUUUUUAAAUCUACUUUGUGGUCGUUAUGGAUCUUGCUAUAGAGUCCUCCUUCAGGUCUAUUCUGUUUACAUCGUGAUCUUAAUUGGUACUUUUGGUCA